AUGGCUGCCAUGGAGGAGUUGGAGAUCCACAGCAAGUCCUACUUUGUCCGAUGGGUCAAUGUCAAGCCCGACCAUACCAUCUCCUGGAGCAUCCAGCCACACAAGAAAUCCCUCAACUUUGGCAUCUUCAAGCAUCCCGGCCAUUCCGGUGUCCUCAGUUCUACCAAUCAUCCAACCGGCGACUAUCACAGUACCGAUUCGAGCGAGAACUUACCGUCGCCCUCUGCUGCCGCUGGCUCCCGAACCUCGGUCAUCGAAAAGCUGACCAGCAUCGGCCUCAAGCAGGUCCGAUGGAUCGGCAAGUGCGAAGCGGACAAGAUCGUCAAGGGCACCUACGAUGUACCUCACAAUGAAGGGGGGAACUACGCGCUGGUCUUUGACAACACAUUCUCCAAGCAAAUCUCCAAAACGGUCACCCUGGUGCUGCUCACUUAUCCUACCCAGUCGGGCCCGACGAACCACUCGACCACUCACCUCGCUCGCGAGGUCGAGUUCGCUGAAAAUGUCAACUCAACGGCGCGAAAACGAGGUAACAGCAUCCUUUCUAAAGCGCCGUCUCAAGCCGUCAGUACGACCUCCGGGACGACUCAUACUGGAGUCUUGCACAAGCGCCGCAGGAAACGCCACCAGGGUUGGGCGAGGAGAUACUUUUCGUUGGACUUCACCUCGUCGACCCUCUCCUAUUACCACGAUCGUAACUCCUCCGCGCUGCGCGGCUCAAUUCCCCUUUCGCUGGCUGCCGUCGCUUGCAAUGAAAAGUCGCGUGAAGUUUCCAUCGAUUCGGGCACAGAAGUCUGGCACUUGCGGGCCAGUAAUGACCAGGAUUUCAUUGCGUGGAAGCGUGCGCUGGAGAAAGCUUCCUCCAAGGCGUCGGCCGAGGACUCUCACGCGCCCGAGGUGCUGCUUCGCGUGCCUUCCCAGCGCUUCCUCACCAAUGCCGCGGAGGAACGCGAGUGGACGCAGGUGGAGCAUCUGGUCAGCAAGAUAUCGGGGUCCCGGGAUGCAGUACGCCGACUGGCUAGAGACACCGAUCCAAAAUACUUGAAUAGUUCUUCGGCGGCUUUGUCUCCGUACGAGCGGCCCCGAGGUCGCUCCCCCAGUCCCCACCCGGAAGCCAACGGUGAGGACUACUUCGAGGCGCGCGAACGGCGUCCAUUCUGGAAACGGAAGCCCAGUUCAAACUCCAAUCAAACAGCCAAGCGUUCCGCCGCGACGACAACGACCUCGUCAAGCUCACAGCUGGCGGUCCCAUCGCCCGCCGCGGAUGCGGCGUCCCUCGCCGGCGACCGGAAACCCAGCAGCAUUGCCAGCCAUCCGGAUCAUAUGGAAGAAAUCCAUGACCAUUUGAUGGCUCUCCUGAGAGAUCUGGAUCAUGUAGUCAGCGAAUUUUCGACUUUGAUCGCCGAGAGCAAACAUCGUCGGCAUCCGCCUGGAAUGACGGCACAGUCUCGGCUGAGCAUGGAGUCCGAGAUGUCGCAGGAAUUCUUUGACGCCGUUGACGGAGAAAACAUGUCACCAUUGCUGACCAUCAAGGGAGACAGUGACGACGAAGGAGCGGGCAAUGCCCCCGGCAGACUGAGGACGAACGAGGAAGAGGUGGCGGAGCCCGUUACACCCGGUGGGGAGAAGGACUCACCUUUGUUCCCUUCACGCCCCAAAUCGCUCACGCCGCUGCCUCUCAGUCCUGUACGUCGCCGCAGCAAUAUCACUGCGCCCACGGUCAUGCCCCCUAGUCUGAUCGGUUUCCUCCGCAAAAACGUGGGUAAAGACCUGUCACAGAUCUCGAUGCCCGUCUCCUCCAACGAGCCGCUCUCGCUACUGCAACGCGCGGCCGAGGCACUCGAAUACUCCACACUUCUGGACCAGGCCACGAAGGCCUCGGACAGUUUGGAGCGCCUCAUGUACGUGACGGCCUUUGCAAUUUCUUCGCUGUCAAGCAACCGCGUGCGAGAGCGAGCCAUUCGGAAACCCUUUAACCCCAUGCUGGGAGAGACCUACGAGCUCGUGCGGGAGGACCUCGGAUUUCGAUUCAUCGCGGAGAAGGUCUCGCACCGUCCCGUGCAGCUAGCGUAUCAGGCAGACAGCAAGGACUGGAGUCUUGCGCAAUCGCCGAUGCCGACGCAGAAAUUCUGGGGUAAAUCCGCCGAGAUUAUCACCGAUGGGAAGUUCCGGCUGACUCUGCACACGACCGGCGAGCAUUUCAGCUGGUCCGCGGCCUCGUCGUUCCUGCGCAACAUCAUCGCCGGCGAGAAGUACGUCGAACCGGUCGGCGAGAUGGCUGUGCUGAACGAGACGACCGGCCAGAAGAGCGUGUCGACCUUCAAGGCCGGCGGCAUGUUCUCGGGUCGCAGCGAGGAGGUCGUCACCAAGGCCGUCGAUUCGUACAACGGCGAGCUGCCCCUGGGGCUGACGGGCACCUGGACCUCGUCGCUGCAGCUCACCAAGAACGGAUCCGCCACGGGCACGGUGAUCUGGAAGGCCGGGCCUCUGGUGCCCAACGCGCCCAAACACUACGGUCUGACCGCGUUUGCGGCCACUCUGAACGAGAUCACCCCCAUCGAGGACAAGCGGCUGCCGGUGACGGACUCGCGGCUGCGGCCGGACCAGCGGGCGCUCGAGGACGGGGACGUGGACCGCGCGGAGCAAGUCAAGGUGCAGCUGGAAGAAGCGCAACGGGCGCGGCGGCGCGAGAUGGAGGCGGCAGGCGAGAGCUGGACGCCGCGCUGGUUCAAGCGGGUGGAUGCGGAUGCGGAUGCGGAGGACGUCUGGGCCCUGAAGCCGGGCAAGGAUGGCUACUGGGAGGAACGGGCUAGGGGAGCUUGGACGGGUGUGGUGCCCGUGUUCGAGGCGUAG